AUGUCCUACUCCACGACUCAUCAUCAUCUCAAGAAACCUGUCAAGCUCCUCGGUUGGCGAGAGUUUACCUCUCAAGUGUUCCAUUGUCCUUGGGCGCCAGAGAUGUCCAAUAAGUUGCCCAAAAGAUCCUCGAUGCCGAUCUCCCCCUCCAGAAACUCCUGCGCGCAUUGCACGAACUCGGACGACGCGUGUAUGAAGAUGUACAAGAAGAUUUGCUACGAUGCACUCAGCGAACACGAUGGAGAGCAAGUCAUCCAUGAUGCUUUGGAAGCCUGGUUAGAUGUCCUCGUGCGGCACCCCCACAUGGUUAGCGGGGUCUCGCCCAGAAUCGAGCGGCCAACUAUGCGACUUACUCGUUGA